UACUCACUCUUUUAGCCUUUUACUGAGGACGAGUUGCCUUAUGGCUCCUCAGAGGGUGACUUUUUCUGCCGGGUCACACUUUUUCUAGCGCGCUCCUUCACUCCUGAGAGUUGUCUUGUUAAUAAAAUCCGGAGCAUUCAGAUUGAGCCCGUGCUGUUUUUCCUCUUUCCACCGUGCGUAAUUUCUAUCCAGGAUCGAAAAAAAGGCGACAUCACAACAACACGAGGACGAGGAAUCAAGACAGAAAUAAAACGAGCUGGGGAAAAUGAAAGCCGUCUUGGAUCUCUGCAUGAUUUUCCUCAUGCUGCACGCUCCCGGCGUGCUGUCCUUGUCCACACAUGUAGCAGUAAUCUACCCCCAGGACCCUGUCCUUCGUAUGGGGUCCAACCUGACCGCCAGCUGCUGGGUCCACUCCGACCUCGGUGUCCACGCCAGCUCUCUGUUCUGGACGCUCAACGGUCAACAGCUGCCCAGCUCCCUGUACAAAGUGCUGAGCCCGACCAACCUCAGUGUGACGCUGGCUGGACUCAACGCUUCCAGGCAAACGUCUGGUGACAACCUGGUCUGUCACAACCACAAGGGACACAUCUUGGCUGGCUCCUGCCUCUAUGUCGGGAUGCCUCCAGAGAAGCCGGUCAAUCUGACCUGCUGGUCCAGGAACACCAAAGACCUGACUUGCAGCUGGGUGCCGGGAGGGAAAGGAGAGACUAACAUCAGCACACAGUACACACUCAAGUACAAACUCAGAUGGUAUGGUAAGGAGAAGGAGUGUGAGGAUUACACUCAUUCGCAGCCUUACUCCUGCAGCAUCACUCGGGACUUGCACCUCUUCACGCCCUACGAGAUCUGGGUGGAGGCCUCCAACCAGCUGGGCCAGGCUACCUCUGAUGUCAUCACCCUCGACAUCCUAGACGUGGUGACCACGGACCCUCCGUCAGGUGUGGCUGUCAGUCGCGUCGGGCAGUUAGAGGACCAGCUGAGUGUUCGCUGGGAGGCCCCGCCUGCUCUCAAGGACUUCCUGUUUCAGGCCAAAUACCAGAUCCGCUACAGACUGGAGGACAGCCAAGACUGGAAGGUGAUGGAUGAUGUCGGGAAUCAGACAUCUUGUAGAUUGGCUGGACUGAGAUCUGGAACAGUGUAUUUUGUCCAGGUUCGCUGUAACCCUGUGGGCAUCUACGGCUCUCGUAAAGCUGGGAUCUGGAGUGAGUGGAGCCAUCCUACAGCUGCAUCCACACCCCACAGUGAGCGGUUGAUGUCAGGCUCCUGUGACUCGAAGUCCAGCGGGGACUCCAACUCCACCCUGCGCAGGGAGCUCAAGCAGUUCUUCGGCUGGGUGCGGAAACACGCCUACGGCUGCAGCAGCAUGUCCAUGAAGCUCUACGACCAGUGGAGAGUGCUGAUGCAGAAAUCCCACAAAGUCCGCAACCAGGUAGGUUCUCCAAGGGGAUAAAUCCUAGCACACGCUGCCUUUUUACAAGCAGAAAACAAGUCAAGAAAAGAACUGAGUGAGUGUGUUUUUGUCUAUGUGUGUAUGAGAAAGAGAGAUUGUAUUCUUAUAUGGGAAUUAUAAGACAUUUUGCUAUGGACAUUUUGUGCGAAUACCAGCCGUGGCUGUGAGAGGACGUCCAACAAGAAUCUGUGGGAUUUUCUUCUUUUAUGCAUCAUUUCCAGUCGACAUGAGCACUUUCUUUUGUCUGAAAAGGUGCAACUGGGAGGGACUGAGAAGGUGGACUUGGAUCUGGUAUCAUCAUUAGAAAGAUGAUGGACGGACUACUCUGCUUUCUCAAAGGACGUUGUAGCAUAAAUAACUCGGGUGUCAGUAAAGACGUUGGACAUGUGCCUGCUCAAAAUGUGCACAAAGGUGAUCAAAACAGAUUCAGACAAACUAGAAGUGUUGCCCGAGCAUAUAAAAGUAUUCUGAGACCUUUUUUUGAGUUUCUCCUGUGGAUCCAAAGCACCAUCUAGUGGCUGUUCAGCAUCCAUGGAUACUCCAAAACAAAGCUUUCACUGUGGUCCUAAUGUAAAAAGAAAAAGUAACAAAUUAUCAUACAGUAUUUUUAAUUCAUGCUUUGUUAAAUAAGUGGAUAACGUGCCAAACUGGUUCACCCAACAUCCAUGUGUUUCUAAGCGACAGUAUGUGACUGAUGACAUGAUGGUGUUUGUGUAUGGAGACGUUUCACUGCCUUUAUUUUUGUACUGAAUUGUACCAGCAUAUUUAAAACUGUAUAAAGUUAUGUUUUAUUUCUUAAGUUAUGUUUAGCUAGUAAAGAAAAUAUCAAUGACUGAA